UUUUUCUUUUUUUUUUUCUUCGUACCUUCUCUUUAUGACGACCAUGUUUGCAGCACAAAGAAGCGUACUGCAUCGAUCUAUAUUAUACAAACAGUCUCUCUUUUGUCGCAAACCUUUAAAUCGCUUCUUUAUUACAAAGGCUCUCACUGCUUCACACAACAAUCGUCGUCAUCCAGUUUGGAAUGGAAGUGUUCGACAGCAUGGCACACACGGACAUCAUCAUCAUGACGCAGACCUCUUAACAUCUCUAAAGUCCUCAAGUAAGCGUGGUACUCGGAUAACUAUCAUCGGUCUAGCCUCCAAUGUUGGGUUAACAGUCAGCAAAGGUGUUGCAGGAUGGAUGAUGAACUCUGCAUCACUAUUAGCAGAAUCACUCCACUCCUUUAGUGAUUUACUGAGUGACUUUGUGACACUUUAUACCUAUAGAAUGUCUCGAAAACCGCCAGAUAGUCUAUAUCCUUAUGGAUACGGAAAAUUCGAAACAGUUGGAUCAGUGGCAGUAUCUUCCUUGCUUUUGGCAGGUGCUGUUGGUAUUGGAUGGCAUUCGUUUGAUCUUUUACUUGCAACGCUUCAGGUCUCGGCACCUUCUGUAACCACUGCCGCCGCUGCUGCUGGUAGCACUGUAGCCGAAUCGCAUUCGUUCCUGGGCCAUUCACAUGGACAUGGUGGCGUGUUAGAUCCUAAUGCUGCAUGGUUUGCUCUAGCAAGCGUGAUCAUUAAAGAAUGGUUAUAUCGAGUGACUAUUAAGGUUGGUCAAGAAGAGCGUAGUGAUGUACUCAUAGCCAAUGCAUGGCAUCAUCGAUCAGAUGCAUAUUCUAGUGCGGUUGCCCUUGUAGCUAUCGUUGGUAGUUAUGCAGGCAUGCCUGUUCUUGAUCCACUUGGCGGUAUCGCAGUUUCGGCCAUGCUGAUCCAAAGCAGCGUUGGAUUAAUCAGAUCAUCCAUGAGCGAGUUAAUGGACCGAGGAAUUUCUGCAAAUGAAAUGCAGUCUGUGAUAGCAGCCGUAUCUAAAGUGAAGGCAACAGAGUCAGGCUUGGUUAAUUUUCAUUCUAUUCGAGGUCGUAAGCAAGGAAGAUACAAUCAUAUCGACUUGGUCCUUCAAUUAAACCCAACAAUGUCAAUGCAAAAGGCACAUCAACUAGAGCAACUUGUCAAAGAUACAGUAAAAAAUGAUUGUCAUAAUAUACAGGAUAUAUUGAUCUAUUUAGAAGAUGCUAGUUCAGCAAAGGCUCAGCUAACUACUUCUGAUAACAGCUGUCAUAAAGACAAUCAUCAUCACCAUCAUUAGAUCCCCUUUUACUUUAUAUAGACGAACGCUCUCCAUUGUUAAAUUAUUUAUAAGUACAUAACUGUAUCUUUUAUUUCUUCUCUCUCCCCUCUCUCUCUCUCUUUUUUUUUUU